AGUGGCAAGAGGCCGUGGUAGAGGUCGCAGGAGGACGAUCUCUAGAGGUAGAGGACAAACACCUGGUCCAGCUAGUAAUAGGGCGGUGACUCCUCCACCGGCUGAUGAGGUAGUAAGAGAGGGUGAGGAAGGGAAAAACGAACAGGUUCAAGAUGAGGAAUUACCACCCCAACCUACCCCAGAGAUGAUUAACCAGGUUCUUACUUAUCUUAGCGGGUUAUCGGAUCGGGGUCAGACACCUCCAGUGUUUCCUGUACCAGCACCUCAGGUUCCGGGAGUACAACAUGCAGCUGCUGUGGCUCCCCGCAUGGAUGCCUCAUUGGAAGUAGGCACGUUUCCUCGAUUGACUACAGGGUCCAUAAUGACAAGUGAUCAGCAUGAACUUUUCACUAAAUUCUUAAAGUUAAAACCUCCAGUAUUCAAGGGUGCUGAAUCUGAAGAUGCCUAUGAUUUUCUGGUUGAUUGUCAUGAGCUGCUACAUAAGAUGGACAUAGUAGAACGAUUCGGUGUUGAGUUUGUGACCUAUCAGUUUCAGGGGGAUGCCAAAAUGUGGUGGCGGUCGUAUGUUGAGUGUCAACCAGCAAGGGCACCACCUAUGACUUGGGCAUCAUUUUCUAGCUUAUUUAUGGAGAAGUAUAUACCCCGGACUUUGAGGGAUAGGAGGAGAGAUGAGUUCCUGAGCCUAGAGCAAGGAAGGAUGUCCGUUGCUGCUUAUGAGGCCAAAUUUCGUGCACUAUCCAGGUAUGCCACUCAGCUUUGCUUCAGUCCACAAGAGCGGAUUCGCCGCUUUGUGAAAGGAUUGAGGUCAGAUUUGCAGAUCCCAGCCUUACAGGUAGCUGCUGCAGCAAAAUCCUUUCAGGAAGUGGUCGACUUUGUGAUAGAGGUGGAGGGGGUGAAGCCAGACAACUUCAUCAUGGCGUCGACCUCUAAGAAGUUCCGUACGGGAGGUGAGUUUAGUGGUUCUUACUCCAGAGGGCAGAGUUCAGGAGGUUACCCAGCCCGACCUAUUCAGUCUUCACUACAGGCUGUAGUUGGGGGUCCAUCGCAGACCAGUCAACAUUUCUCUGAGUUUGGAGGUUAUCCCCAGACUUCGUCAUUCUCACAGAGACCUAUGCUAGACUCCAGAGAUUGUUAUGGAUGUGGAGAGACUAGACAUAUUAGGAGGUAUUGUCCAAAACAGAGUUACAGACCCCCAAUAGUUAGAGGUAGAGGUGGUCAUGGGAGAGGCCGCCAUUCUGGAGAACGUGGUGGCCAAGGUAAUGGUGGUCACCAAAUCAGCCGGGGUGGCGGGCAAGUUGGAACUACCGCAGCACAACAUGGUAGGGGCAACGGGAAGACAGGUGAUAGGGCCCAUUGUUAUGCUUUCCCCGGGAGAUCUGAAGCAGAGACAUCUGAUGCUGUUAUCACAGGUAAUCUUUUGGUUUGUGAUUGCAUGGCUUCUGUAUUAUUUGAUCCUGGAUCCACAUUUUCAUAUGUAUCUUCCUCAUUUGCUACUGGUCUUGAUUUACAUUGUGAUUUGCUUGACAUGCCUAUUCGUGUCUCUACUCCUGUGGGUGAGUCUGUGAUAGUUGAUAAGGUGUAUAGGUCUUGUCUUGUGGCUUUUUUGGGGAGCAAUACUCAUGUAGAUUUGAUUAUUCUAGAGAUGGUUGAUUUCGAUGUAAUUCUGGGUAUGACUUGGCUUUCUCCAAAUUUUGCAAUCUUAGAUUGUAAUGCUAAAACUGUGACAUUGGCCAAGCCUGGGACAGAUCCGCUAGUGUGGGAGGGCGACUAUAUUUCCACCCCAGUUCGUAUUAUCUCCUUUCUUCGUGCUAAGAGGAUGGUUAGUAAGGGUUGUUUAGUGUUCUUGGCACAUCUCAGGGAUGAUACUUCCCAAGUACCUUCGAUUGAGUCUGUCCCGAUAGUCCGUGAGUUUCUGGAUGUGUUUCCUGCAGACCUUCCUGGUAUGCCACCAGAGAGGGAUAUUGAUUUUUUAUUGAUCUGGAGCCGGGUACUCGCCCCAUUUCCAUACCCCCUUAUAGAAUGGCCCCAGCUGAGUUAAGGGAGUUAAAGGCCCAACUUCAGGAGUUGUUAGGUAAAGGCUUUAUUAGACCAAGUGCAUCCCCUUGGGGUGCUCCUGUUUUAUUUGUGAAGAAAAAGGAUGGAAGUUUUCGGAUGUGCAUAGACUACAGGCAACUGAAUAAGGUAACUAUUAAGAACAAGUAUCCUCUUCCUCGCAUCGAUGAUUUGUUUGAUCAGUUACAAGGUGCUUGUACCUUUUCAAAAAUCUAUUUGAGAUCUGGUUAUCAUCAAUUGAAAAUACGGGCAGCAGAUGUGCCAAAGACUGCGUUUCGAACCAGGUAUGGGCAUUAUGAAUUCUUAGUAAUGUCUUUUGGGCUUACGAAUGCCCCUACUGCGUUCAUGAGCCUGAUGAACGGGAUUUUUAAGCCAUAUCUGGAUCUCUUUGUUAUUGUAUUUAUUGAUGAUAUACUGAUAUACUCAAAGAGCAGGAAAGAACAUGAGGAGCAUUUGAGAAUUGUAUUGGAGUUGUUGAGGGAGAAAAGGCUUUAUGCCAAAUUCUCCAAGUGUGAGUUUUGGCUAGAUUCAGUAUCCUUCUUGGGGCACGUGGUUUCCAAGGAUGGAGU